GCGUGUCCAGUGGAUUUAACUCGUACAAUACCACCGACAACUCCAAAUACGGACAAAAGUUCGUGCCGAAAGCUAGCCUUUUCCGUCGAAAAUAUCUUAGACCCAAAUAAAUUCUGUAGCCGUAAAGAGAACCAAAAUAGUGCGCGGAUUUGGCUGAAUAAUGGCUUUGACGGGGAUGAUCGACAUCAAAUUGACGAUGAUCAAAGUGAAUGUCAAUCAGUUGGUGACAUUAAUGAUGAUGACCAGGAUGAAUGCGAUGAUGUAAUGUGCAGCGAUAUUGAUGAUCGAGCUAGCGAGACAGAUUCCAAAAAAGAAGGUUCACGUGGAACUUCGCGCGGAAGUUCAAAUGAGAGUAAGUCACAUGGAAAUAGCUCAAAACCAAGAAGAGCACGAACUGCAUUUACAUACGAACAAUUGGUCUCAUUAGAAAAUAAGUUUAAAACCACACGAUAUUUAUCAGUGUGUGAACGCCUUAACCUUGCAUUAAGUCUUAGUCUUACUGAAACACAAGUUAAAAUUUGGUUCCAAAAUCGUCGAACAAAAUGGAAAAAACAGAAUCCAGGAAUGGAUGUAAAUAGUCCAACAGUGCCACCAUCAUCAUCGAGCGGUGCAUUCGGUCCUUCUGGCUAUGCUGGAGGUCUUCUCUAUCCACAUGCGGUACCCUAUCCUCCUUAUGGACCGUAUUUCCAUCAUUUAAGUGCUCACCACUUGGGACAUUCUCACACAUAAACAUUCUCGCCUAAUUUUAUCAAUAUGAGUGCGAACCAAAAACUGAGUAGCUAGUGACUGAAUUUUAAACAAAAAGUGCAAGCAACAUAAAUAAUCUACAUAAUUCGAACGAACAAAAAAAAUGAAUGGAAUCAAGAAGAAACAUCGAAAAAAACUAAAAAUAAAGGGAUGAAAGGAAUGAGGGAAACAACACAAAAAACUUUGAUGGGAAAGUUUUUAAUUGAAAAGUCCUGUAAAAAUUGUGAUCAACCACUAAAAUAGACGAAAUGAUUAUCCAUUACAUAAAAAGCAGUUUUCUCUAAGAAAAUGACACAUAUCGAUGUUUGAUAUUUAUACUGAACAUUUGGGCAGACAUUAAGAAAUACACACACACGCACACACUCGUACGUUUACUUUGUGAAUCUUCAUGAAGAAAAAAAGACAUCACUAAAAGCAAAUUGUAUAAAUUGUACUAAUUAUGAAGAAAAGUAACAUACCAGUGAAUCGAAAAUGAA